GUAUUGUUUUCUUUUUUUAUAUUAGACCUGGACGAAUGCGAGGAUAAAACUCAUCAAUGUGACGUAAAUGCGAACUGUACCAACAUUCCUGGGUCUUACAACUGCACGUGCAGGCCUGGCUACACAGGAAAUGGGAGCAUUUGUAAUGGUAUAAUUAACUAUCCAAGACUUCACUUCAUUUUUGUGCAAGUAAUUUAGUCUUCUUUGUAACUUAAUAUUUUCUACUCCCUCCAGAAAUUGAUGAAUGCAAGGAUAACACUCAUCAGUGUGACGUAAAUGCGAACUGUACCAACAUUCCUGGCUCUUACAACUGCACUUGUAGGCCUGCCUACAUAGGAAAUGGGAGCAUUUGUAAUGGUAUAGUUAACUAUCCAAGCCUUCACUUCAUUUUUCUGCAAGUAAUUUAGCUUUUUUAGUAACUUAAUAUUCUACUUCCUCCAGAAAUUGAUGAAUGCAAGGAUGGAAGUGAACCUGCGUAGCAGGCGCUGGGAAGUAUUUGGGAGCAAGAAAAAAACGGGUGGUGUCCCCCUCUUUCUUGCGCUCACUACUUCCAAGGGCAUGCUACGCAGGCUAGAAUGGAAGUCAUGACUGUCACAUAUAUGCGAACUGUACAACCAUUUCUGGCUCUUACAACUGGACGGGCAUUCAUGGCUACCAAGGCAGUGGGAGCAUUUGUAAAGGUAAAACUUGGUAAUAAAUGUCAUGAUAAGAUUUAAUUUAUAUUCGUUUCUUUUUUUUCUUUUUCUUAUUCAGACAUCGAUGAAUGCGAAAAGGGAAGCCAUGAUUGCCACAUAAAUGCGAACUGUACAAACACGGCUGGCUCUUACAACUGCACAUGUAGGCCUGGCUACACAGGCAAUGAGAGCAUUUGUGAAGGUAAAAAUUUGCCGGUUAAUUUUUAUGACGCACCUUUAUAGAGUCAGGGCUUAUAGUAGUUCCCUCUGGUAGUACUCUCUUUGAUACUCUUUCGCUAGUUACACUUACACUUAAAAAACCAAGAUGGUCACCUGUUACAGACUUGAACAAGGAAACUGUUGUCUUGGAUAUACGGACUCAGGUACUUUUCCAAAUGCCAGUCUUGGAUAGAAAACAUCUCUGUCCCGGGAUUGGGGGAAUUCCGCAGCAAAGUUUUAUUCUGGGAAGCUCUGCCCUGAGGUCCAGUUCCUUACCUUUCUGUAUAUUUUUUUUUUUAAGAAAAAAGGUACCCUCCCUUACACAGUACCUUCCACUGACAAAUGGUAUCUCUUUCAAAUACCUAGUUUAGAACUUUCCAUUUCUUUUACUGCUGUAAUUGUCCUGUCUUUAAACUGUGAAUACAUCACAAAACUGGACAGGAAAUUUUCUCGACUUUUUCACAGUCGUAAAAUCCUUCUGUUAGCCCUUUUAGGUCCUUUUACAGACCAAAAUGACACAGAUUUCCCUACCCACUCAUAUACUUCAACUAUUAAAAUCCUAAACUCUUUUAUACACCUGAAGUCUGGAAGAGGUACCCCUUUCGAAAUUCGGACGAAGCUUCCCCAUAGAAGCCAUUAUAAGGGGUACCCCUCGGGAUUUAUGCUUGCUCUUCUCGCAAAGAGUGAAACAAUCAGUCUUCCCUGAAGCACUCAGCAUGCUACAAAAUAAAUUUUUUUCUUGCGUUGAAUGUCUACGUUUAUAUACGAUGUACGAGGUUGGUGGCUUGUAUUGUUUUCUUUUCUUUUUUUUUAGACCUGGACGAAUGCAAGGAUAAAACUCAUCAGUGUGACGUAAAUGCGAACUGUAUCAACAUUCCUGGCUCAUAUAACUGCACGUGCAGGCCUGGCUACACGGGAAAUGGGCGCAUUUGUCACGGUAUAAUCAGCUACCCAUUAGCCCUCACUUCAUUUUUCUGCAAGUAGUUUAGUUUUCUUUGCAACUUAAUAUUUUCUACUUCCUCCAGAAAUUGAUGAAUGCAAGGAUGGAAGCCAUGAUUGUCACAUAAACGCGAGCUGUACCAACAUUCCUGGCUCUUACAACUGCACGUGCAGGCCUGGCUACCAAGGCAAUGGGAGCAUUUGUCAAGGUAAAAAUUUGCCAGUUAAUUUUUAUGACGCGCCCUUAUAGAGUCAGGGUUUAUAGUAGUUCCCUUUGGUAGUACUCCCUUUGAUACUCUUUCGCUAGUUAUACACUUACACUUAAAAAACCAAGAUGAUCAUCCGUUACAGACUUGAACAAGGAAAAUGUUUUCUUGGAUAUACGGACAAGAGGUUCUUUUGCAAAUGCCAGUCUGGGAUAGAAAACGUCGGUGUCACGCGGGUGGGAGGAAUUCCGCAGCAAAGUUUUAUCCUAGGAAUUAAGCUCCGUCCUGAGGUCCAGCUCCUUACCUUUCCGUAUAUUUUUUUUAAGAGAAAAGACACCCCUCCCUUAAACAGUACCUUCCAUUGACAAAUGGUACCCCUUUCAAAUACCUAGUUUAGAACUUUCCAUUCCCUGUGAAUAAAUCACAAAACUGGACAGGAAAUUUUCUCGACUUUUUCACAGACAUAAAAUCCUUCUGUUAGCCCUUUUAGGUCCUUUUACAGACCGAAAUGGCACAGAUUUCCCUACCCUCUCAUGUACUUUAACUAUUGAAAUCCUAAACCCUUUCAUACACCUGAAGUCUGGAAAAGGUACCCCUUUUGCAAUUCGGACGAAGCUUCCCCAUAGAAGCCAUUAUAGGGGGUACCCCUCGGGAUCUAUGCUUGCUCUUCUCGCAAUGAGUGAAACAAUCAGUCUUCCCUGAAGCACUCAGCAUGCUACAAAAUUGAUCAUUCUCUUGCGUUGAAUGUCUAAGUUUAUAUACGAUGCGGUCAGCAUAAAACACAGACUGCGAACUGAGGACCACGGACUGCGGACUGGGUAUAAAAUACGGACUAGGUAUAAAAUGCGGACUCCGGGCUGAGUAUAAAACACGGACUAGAUACAAAACGCGGACUACGGACUAUAUAUAUAAAAACAGCUUUAGAAGGUAAAACUGAGAGAAAUGGAAAGCGGACUACCAAAAACAGUAGUCCCAGCUUUAACAUUCCCUUGGCUGUUCACGUAGUCUAUUCUUCCCACAGAGAAGGAAGGUUACGCCGGUACUCAAGGCAACUGAAAUUAAACUCUCAAUUUUCUAAAAAGAAAGAGUUUGAAGAGAUUUCAAUUUGCUGUUUUAGACCAAUAAUUAAGAAGCAGCAAUUUUAAAAAAUAGUAUUGGUGUUAGUUAGAUCAGUAAAAUUCUUAUCGGAUGCCACAAUUUUGUUUCAAAUAAAGCCUUGGGAAUAUGAGGACUGAAGGAAGAACCCAGACAAGAAGGUCAAUGUAGGGCAUUCCGCGAUGCACAAAAGCAGUAUUUAGGGGAAGGGAUUACUCACAUACGGGAAUAAUAACCGAAAUGAGUCAUCCAACGUUAUAUUCUAAGCGAUGAUUAUGAUGACAUGAUUUACUCCCUGCUACUGAUCCCCGGAGGGGGCUACUACUGGGAAUCCUUGGUGGGGAUGUGGUGCCCGGUUCUCCGAAUCCUGACCUUAUUGCAGACCCAAAAAUGUCAUUUUCCACACCCCUUUUUCAGACCAGAUCUCUAAAAUCCAUACCCAUUUUCGGACCUGGCCUAAUUUAGCCUGUUCCAGGCUCUCAGAUAGUUGGGGAGACUCCCCAGUUUUCUCCCGUUUUAUUGUCGUGUUUUUGCUUUCUCAAUUCAGCGGACCCAACUAUCUCAGAGCCUUGAACAGGGUAGGUCUAAUUAGGAAGAAAUUAUGUCAUCAUUACCAAGUUAGAGGGGAAACAAAAAAAUUCUCCAAAUGCAUUUCGAAUUCGCACAUUUCUAUUCCGUUCUUAUAUUCAUUUGGAAUUGAAACGAUAAAUACGUCCAUUCAUGUACGCUCCCGUAGUUCCCUCGAAAACCAUACCCGAUUCCACACCAAAAUGGGCAAAGUGUUUUCAGACCAAAAAGGCCCAUAGCCUUCCAUUAUAUAAGGGGGUACCCCCCUGAUCCUGACCCCUUUCAUGAUUGUUAGAGACCCAAACAACGUCUAAAAAUGGGUGAAGAAAAUAGCAUUUUGAUCCGGCUCAUGAUUCAGAGAACUGGGCAGCACACCUUCACCAAGAAUUUACAACUUUAACUCAGUUACAUGUCUUGCUAUUUAGCGAUCUUCUGAUCUUAUUUUUCCUUACCUAGAACCAAUUAGCACCGUUUUCACCAAAGUAGUCCGUAGUCCGUAUUUUAUACCCAGUUCGAAGUCCGCAGUCUGCGUUUUUACCUUGCCCUUGUUUUAUAGCCAGUCCAUAUUUUCCAGUCCGCGUUUUAUACCUAGUCAUACCUAGUCCGUAUUUUAUACCCAGUCUGCAGUCCGUAGUCUAUGUUUUAUACUGACCGAUAUACAUUGUACGAGGUUGGUGGCUUGUAAUUGUUUUUUUUUCUUUUUUUUAGACCUGGACGAAUGCAAGGAUAAAACUCAUCAGUGUGACGUAAAUGCGAACUGUACCAACAUUCCUGGCUCAUAUAACUGCACGUGCAUGCCUGGCUACACAGAAAAAGGGAACAUUUGUAAUGGUAUAAUUAACUAUACAAGCCUUCAGUGACUUCAUUUUUGUGCAAGUAGUUUAGUUUUCUUUGCAACUUAAUAUUUUCUACUCCCUCCAGAAAUUGAUGAAUGCAAGGAUGGAAGUCAUGACUGUCAUAUAAAUGCGAACUGUACCAAAAUUCCUGGUUCUUAUAACUGCACAUGCAGGCAUGGCUACCAAGGCAGUGUCGUGAUAAGAUUUAAUUUAUAUGCUUUUCUUUUUUCUUUUUCUUAUUCAGACAUCGAUGAAUGCGAAAAGGGAAGCCAUGAUUGCCACAUGAAUGCGACUUGUACAAACACGCCCGGCUCUUAUAACUGCACAUGCAGGCCUGGGUACACAGGCAGUGGGAGCAUUUGUAAAGGUAAAACUUUGCCGGUUAAUUUUUAUGAUGCGCCUUUAAAGAGUCGGGACUCAUAGCUCCCUUUGGUAGUACUCCCUUUGAUACUCUUUCCAUAGUUAUUGUUACGCUUAAAAUCAAGAUGGUUACCUGUUACAGACUUGAACAAUGAAAAGUGUUUUUUGGACAUACGGACAAGAGGUUCUUUUGCGAAUGCCUGCAGUCUGGGAUAGAAAACAUCUGUGCCCCCUGAGGGAGGAGGAAUUCCGCAGCAAAGUUUUAUGUUGUGAAGCUCCGCUAUGAGGUCCAGCUCCUUACCUUUCUAUAUAUUUCUUUUGAGAGAAAAGGUACCCCUCGCUUACACAGUACCUUCAAUUGACAAAUGGUACCCCUUUUCAAAUACCUAGUUUGGAACUUUGCAUUACUUUUAGCUGUUGUAAAUGCACUGUCUUUAAACUGUAAAUAAAUCAGAAAAACCAGGAAAUUGUCUCGACUUUUUCACAGCCAUAAAAUCCUUCUGUUAGCCCUUUUAGGUCUUUUUGCAGACCAAAAUGACACAGAUUUCCCUACCCUCUCAUAUAUUUCAACCACACCUGAAGUCUGGAAAAGGUACCCAUUUCGCAAUUCGGGCGAUGCUUCCCCAUAUAGGUCAUUAUAGGGGGUUCCUCCCGGGAUUUAUGCUUGCUCGUCCCUCAAUCAGCAUGUUACAACAUGGAUUAUUUUCUUGCGUUAAAUGCCUAGGUUUAUAUACGAUGUGCGAGGCUGGUGGCUUGAAUUGUUUUCUUUUUUUAUAUUAGACCUGGACGAAUGCAAGGAUAAAACUCAUCAGUGUGACGUAAAUGCGAACUGUACCAACAUUCCUGGCUCAUAUAACUGCACGUGCAGGCAUGGCUACACAGGAAAUGGGAGCAUUUGUAAUGGUAUAAUUAACUAUACAAGCCUUCAGUGACUUCAUUUUUCUGCAAGUAGUUUAGUUUUCUUUGCAACUUAAUAUUUUCUACUUCCUCCAGAAAUUGAUGAAUGCAAGGAUGGAAGUCAUGAUUGUCACAUAAAUGCCAACUGUACCAACAUUCCUGGCUCUUACAACUGCAUGUGCAGGCCUGGCUACCAAGGCAAUGGGAGCAUUUGUAAAGGUAAAACUUGCUGAUAAAUGUCAUGGUAAGACUUAAUUUAUAAUUAUUUCUUGUUUUUUUCGUUUCCUUACUCAGACAUUGAUGAAUGCGAAAAGGGAAGCCAUGAUUGUCACAAAAAUGCGAAUUGUACAAACACAGCUGGCUCUUACAACUGCACGUGCAGGCCUGGCUACACAGGCAAUGGGCGUUUUUGUAAAGGUAAAAAUUUGCCGGUUAAUUUUUGUGAUGCGCCUUUAAAGAGUCGGGACUCAUAACUCCCUUUAGUAGUACUCCCUUUGAUACGCUUUCAAUAGUUAUUCUUAGACUUAAAACCAAGAUGGUCACCUGUUACCGACUUAAACAAUGAAAAGUGUUUUUUGGAUAUACGGACAAGAGGUUCUUUUGCGAAUGCCUGCAGUCUGGGAUAGAAAAGAUCUGUGCCCCCCGGGGAAGGAGGAAUUCCGCAGCAAAGUUUCAUCUUGUAAAGCUCCGCCUUGAGGUCCAGUACCUUUCUAUAUAUUUCUUUUGAGAGAAAAGGUACCCCUCCCUUACCCAGUACCUUCAAUUAACAAAUGGUACCCCUUUCAAAUACCUAGUUUGAAACUUUGCAUUACUUUUAGCUGUAAAUGCACUGUCGUUAAACUGUGAAUAAAUCAGAAAACCAGUAAAUUGUCUCGACUUUUUCACAGCCAUAAAAUCCUACUGUUAGCCCUUUUAGGUCUUUUUACAGACCAAAAUGACACAGAUUUCCCUACCCUCUCAUAUAUUUCAACCACACCUGAAGUAUGGAAAAGGUACCCAUUUCGCAAUUCGGGCGGAGUCACCCCGUAUGGGUCAUUGUAGGGGGUUCCCCCCGGGAUUUAUGCUUGCUCUUCUCUCAAUCAGCAUGCUACAAAAUUGAUUAUUUUGUUGCGUUAAAUGCCUAGGUUUAUAUACGAUGUGUGAGGUUGGUGGCUUGUAUUGUUUUCCUUUUUUAUAUUAGACCUGGACGAAUGCGAGGAUAAAACUCAUCAGUGUGACGUAAAUGCGAACUGUAUCAACAUUCCUGGCUCAUAUAACUGCACGUGCAGGCCUGGCUACACAGGAAAUGGGAGCAUUUGUAAUGGUAUAAUUAGCUAU